AUGGGCAAGGUUACUCAAUUGCUGGCCCACCCAGUGGAAUUGAAGGCUGCACUGACGUUGAAGUUUAUCAGACAGCCAUUGUAUGCUGCAGAUGACACGAAAGCUACGCCAGAGCUGAGAAGAUGCUAUGAGCUUUUGGGAAGGACUUCGCGUUCCUUUGCUGCCGUCAUCAUGGAGUUGCAUCCUGAACUCCGCAAUGUCGUGAUGUUAUUCUACCUAGUCCUGCGUGCUCUAGACACAGUCGAAGAUGAUAUGACGCUCGAGCCCUCGGUGAAGGUCAAGCUGUUGCGCGAAUUCGACUCCAAAUUGGACACCAAGGAUUGGUCAUUUGAUGGCAAUGGGCCCAACGAAAAAGACCGUGUCGUGCUUGUCGAGUUCCCAUGCAUCCUGCAUGAAUACCACCAGCUGAAGCCCGCAUACCAGAGGAUAAUCAAGGAGAUCACCAAAAAGAUGGGGAACGGUAUGGCCGACUACAUUCAGGAUGAACAGUUCAACCUGAACGGCGUACAGACCGUCAAAGACUACGAUCUCUACUGUCACUACGUCGCCGGGCUGGUGGGCGACGGCCUGACUCAAAUGAUUGUUUACGCCAACUUCGGAACAAGCGACCUAUACAGCGAGAACGAGCAACUCUACGAAAGCAUGGGUCUGUUCUUGCAAAAGACCAACAUUAUCAGGGAUUACGCCGAGGACCUGGAGGACGGACGCUCGUUCUGGCCCAAGGAGAUCUGGAGCCAGUACGCGGACAAACUGGUCGACUUCAGCAAGCCACAGCACACGCAAAAGGGCGUGCAAUGCAUCAACGCACUCGUGUUGAACGCCCUCGGCCACGUGAUCGACGUCUUGAUCUACCUAAGUUCGCUUCACGAGCAGUCUGCCUUCCAGUUCUGCGCGAUCCCGCAGGUGAUGGCCAUCGCGACGCUGGCUCUCGUCUGCAACAACCCAGACGUCCUCCACACCAAUGUCAAGAUCAGAAAGGGAACAACCUGCUACUUGAUCCUAAAGUCAAGAACCCUGCGCGGAUGCGUCGAAAUCUUCCAGUACUACCUGCGCGACAUCAAGAGCCGCAUUCCCGUGGAAGACCCCAACUACCUCAAGAUCAACAUCCAGGUCGCCAAGAUCGAACAGUUCAUCGAGGAAAUGUACCAAAACCAACUACCUCCAGGCGUCAAACCACGUGAGACCGCCGCCUACCUAAAGACGCUACAGAGAUCUAAAUGUGAUAAACUAGUGCUAGCCACGGAAAGAGAAGAACAAUUGAAGUUCAACAUGUUCUACUCCGCGGUAUGUGCCCUGGGACUCGCACUACUUUUUUUCUACUAUAAGUAA